AUGACCACAGAACAAAACAUAGUACAUAAUGAUCAUGAGGAUAACGAACAUCAAAGUCAAAAGAGAGCAAAACCAAACCCUAUAAUAGAAAAAGAAUUAAACCUUUCAAUCAUUCAUUCUGAAGAGUUAUCAAAAUUUAUACCCAAUGAUUUCCCAACAACAAUAGAUGAGAAUGGUAGGAUACCAUUAAGAAGACAAAUCUUCAAUGACAAGAAAGUCCUGAGAACAGUUUUAACAAAACCAAAGAAAGGUGUUUAUAUGUGUAAUCAUUGUGAUAAAAUCUUCAACACAUUUGGUGAAUUAUUAGAUCACUUUGAUGAAUUCAACGUUAAAAGACCUCAUAAAUGUUCUUUUGAUGAUUGUCCUUGGAAAAUUGUGGGUUUUAAUAGAAUAAGACAAUUGCAUAGGCAUGAAAAAUCUGUCCAUUCUACUGAAAAGGAUUUUAAAUGUAAUGUUCCUAAUUGCAACAAAAAAUUUGGAAGAGUGGAUUUAUUAAACCGCCAUAUUAAAAGUGUUCAUGAGAAUAAAACUUCAAGAUUCAAUAAAAAAAUGUCAAAAGAACAACAACAACAACAACAACAACAGCAACCUAGUUCAGAUUAUAACUCUUCAAAUGAUGAAUUAACAAGUGGUGGUGAAUAUUCUCCAGUUGUUUCUUCUUCUUCAAUUGAUCAACAAUCCCAACAACAAAGGCGUGGUUCACAAUAUAAACAUACCAUAAAAUUUUUAACAAACAGUGAUGACAAAUGA